CGGGCGGCGCGGAUCGCGGGGCGGCUGUGAGCCGGGACUGGGACCGAGACCGGAGCGCGCGGGGAGCAUUGAGAAUCAUGGCUGCCGGAAAGUUCGCAAGCCUUCCCCGAAACAUGCCAAUGAAUCACCAGUUUCCCUUGGCCUCAUCCAUGGACCUUCUGAGCAGCAAGGCCCCUCCCGCUGAGCAUCGCACAGAUGCCUAUCAAGACGUGUCUCUACAUGGCACCCUUCCACGGAAGAAGAAGGGCCCGCCCCCCAUCAGGUCGUGUGAUAACGCCAGCCACAUGGGCACUCUGCCCCACACCAAAUCCCCACGCCAGAGCUCGCCUCUCACCCAGGAUGUCAUCCCAGAAAACCCGCUCCACGACUGGAAAGGCGAGACUUUCACCUUCAGGGAUCCUCAUCUUCUAGAUCCAACGCUGGAAUAUGUGAAGUUUUCCAGGGAGAGGCACAUGAUGGACAGGACCCCCGAGAGGCUGAAGAAGGAGCUGGAGGAGGAGCUGUUGCUGAGCAGCGAGGACCUGCGCAGCCAUGCCUGGUACCACGGCCGCAUCCCCCGCCAGGUGUCUGAAAACCUCGUGCAGCGAGACGGUGAUUUCCUAGUCCGUGACUCCCUGUCCAGCCCCGGAAACUUUGUCCUGACCUGUCAGUGGAAAAACCUUGCUCAGCACUUCAAGAUCAACCGGACCAUUCUGCGGCUCAGCGAGGCCUAUAGCCGCGUGCAGUACCAGUUCGAGAUGGAGAGCUUCGACUCCAUCCCAGGCCUGGUGCGCUGCUAUGUGGGCAACCGGCGGCCCAUCUCCCAGCAGAGCGGCGCCAUCAUCUUCCAACCCAUCAACAGGACGGUGCCCCUGCGGUGCCUGGAGGAGCGCUAUGGCACCUCCCCGAGCCGUGCCUGGGAAGGCGGCAUCCCCGAAGGAAGACUGGAAGGAAGACUGGACGUGGCCAAAAGGCUAAGUCUCACCAUGGGUGGCAUCCAGGCCCGAGAGCAGAGCCUGCCCAAGGGAAACCUCCUCAGGAACAGAGAGAAGAGCGGCAGCCAGCCAGCCUGCCUGGACCACAUGCAGGACCGGCGGGCGUUGGUCCUCAAAGCUCACCAGUCGGAGAGUCACCUGCCAAUCGGCGGCAAGCUGCCUCCCCAGUGCCCGGGCAUGGACACGAGCCCUUGUCCAAACUCACCAGUGUUCAGGACUGGAAGCGAGCCCAGCUUGAGUCCAGCAUUGAUCCGGAGGGUCUCCUUGGACACUAGGGCGGGGGAGGCUCUGCGGGGAUCUGACAGCCAGCUGUGCCCCAAACCACCCCCGAAGCCCUGCAAGGUGCCCUUCCUCAAGGCGCCGCCCUCUCCGUCCUCCUGGCUCAACUCCGACGCCAACUACUGUGAGCUGAACCCAGCCUUUGCCACCGGCUGUGACCGAGGAACAAAGCUGCCCUUGGGGACCCCGGGCAGCCAGGCGGAGCUGCUGACAGCCAGGCAGAAUGGGGUGCCGGGUCCCCGGAACUCUGGUAUCAACUACUUGAUUCUUGAUGGGGACGAUGGAGCUGGGCCUUGGGAGCCAGCGGUGACACAGGACAGGGCAGAGUUUGUGAAGCCCAUCAUGGAGACUGUGUCCUCAUUCAGGCCCAAUGACUUUGAAUCCAAGCUCCUCCCUCCGGAGAACAAACCCCUGGAAACAGCCAUGCUGAAGCGUGCGAAAGAGCUGUUCACCCAGCACGAGCCCAAGCUCAUCGCCCAGCACAUGCUGAGCAUGGACUGCAAGGUUGCUAGGAUACUCGAAGUCUCAGAAGAGACGAAGAGGAACAUGGGUGUGAGCUCAGGGCUGGAACUCAUCACCUUGCCUCACGGGCACCAGCUGCGCCUGGACAUCAUGGAAAGACACAACACGAUGGCCAUCGGGAUUGCCGUGGACAUUCUGGGCUGCACGGGCACCCUGGAGGACCGAGCGGCCACCCUCGACAGGAUCAUUCAGGUGGCAGUGGAGCUGAAAGAUGCCAUGGGAGAUCUGUAUUCUUUCUCAGCCAUCAUGAAAGCCCUGGAAAUGCCCCAGAUCACCAGAUUAGAAAAAACCUGGAUGGCCCUGAGGCACCAUUUCACCCAGACUGCCAUUCUCUAUGAGAAGCAGCUGAAGCCCUUCAGCAAGAUCCUACAUGAGGGGCGAGAGAACACGUGUGUCCCGCCAAACAACAUAUCAGUUCCACUGCUGAUGCCUCUUGUCACCUUAAUGGAGCGCCAGGCUGUCACAUUUGAAGGAACUGACAUGUGGGAAAAAAAUGACCAAAGCUGUGAAAUGAUGCUGAACCACUUGGCCACAGCCCGCUUCAUGGCUGAGGCUGCAGACAGCUACCGGAUGAAUGCAGAGAGGGUCCUGGCAGGUUUUCAACCAGAUGAAGAAAUGAGUGAGAUCCUCAAGACUGAGUUCCAAAUGCGAUUGCUGUGGGGCAGCAAAGGAGCUGAGGUCAAUCAGAUGGAGAGAUACGAGAAGUUCAACCAGAUUCUAACUGCCCUCUCCCGAAAACUGGAACCUCCUCUAAAGCAGGCAGAGCUUUGAGCUGUCCAGAGACCUCGAGGGUCAAGCUUUCCCACUGUCUCCUUGGGAAAAGCCUACCUGACAAAUUAAUAAAUACAUGGAAAUCUGACAAUGUACAGGCUUUUGAAAGCCAUGGGAUAUUAAACGUGUAAGUUGCACAGAGCACAUUUAUUUAUGAAUUGUUUAAAGUUACUACUGAUUUUUAAAUGAGUAAUUUAUUAUUAAGGGUAACUAUUGUAAUGUUGAUUGGCCAAUAUAAGAGAUCAAUCUUCUAUUAGAGAAUAUCUGGCUAUUUUAGUUUUAAUUUCAUGUCAGAUAAAUGUACAUAAGAGUUUUUUUGUUAAAGCAUGAAACAUUUCAGAAGGUAUCAGUUGUAUGAUAUUCUUUAAAUAUGAAAGAUUGUAAAUAGUCAUGAAUGAAAAUAUAUGUUUUUGUGAAACACUUGAA